GAGCGCCCGCCCUGUGCCCCCGCGGCGGCGGGCAGUGGUCCCUAACCUCGGUCCCUCGCUAGCAGCAGCCUCUGCCAUAUCGGUAUCCCGGAACAGGAAAGUCUCAGCUCAUCUUGCCCCCAUAAGAUCCUGUCUCCCUCCUCCCGCUCCCCUCCCUCUGCCCCUUCCUGCCUUUGGCCCGUGCGAGAGGAGCCUGUUCUCUCCUUGCGGGACGGGGCUGGAGCGCUCGGGCAGCCGCCGGGGCGGCAGGGAAUGGGGACUGGGCUCUGGGGACCAUCCGCCUGGGCUCAGCCCCCUGCCCGGAGCCAGCGGUCCGGCGCCCCGCGGGCAGGGCUGCCUUGAGCUCUCAGAGUUGAGCUGAGAUCCUGAAGUUAGUGAUUUCUAUUUUGUUUGUUUUAUUUUGAUUUUUUUUUUCUCUCUCUCUCUGCUCUCGGUGUUUCCGAAGCGCCUGUAAGAUUUGCAGAGAGAGAGAAAGAGAGAGACUGGGGGAGGAGGGGAAGAAUUAAGGAAAGGGAAAAGAUGGCGAGUUGCUGGAGCAGUGUGGAGAAAGCGGCAUUUUUGUGCUGCUUCUUGCUGGCAAUGGGGAGCCUAAUCUGCUGCGCCCGGCCAGAGGAGGAGGAAGAGCAAGAAGAGCAGCGCUCCUGUCACGGUGCCUUUGAUCUCUACUUCGUCCUGGACAAAUCUGGAAGCGUCAAAAAUCAUUGGACUGAGAUUUACUCCUUUGUGGAAAGCCUAGCUGAGAAAUUCAUAAGUCCAAUGUUGCGGAUGUCUUUCAUUGUUUUCUCCUCACGAGGCACUACGAUCAUGAAACUAACAGAGAACAGGGAAGCCAUAAGACGAGGGCUCAACAUUCUUAAGGAAGAAUUGCCUGGAGGAGACACGUUCAUGCAUGAAGGAUUUAAAAGGGCAAAUGAGCAAAUUUACCAUGAGACCUAUGGAGGAGUUCGGACCGCCAGUGUGAUCAUUGCCCUGACGGACGGCGAGUUGCAAGACGCUCAGUUUUAUUAUGCAGAACAAGAAGCCAACAGAGCCAGAAGCUUUGGAGCUAUUGUUUAUUGUGUUGGAGUGAAAGAUUUCAAUGAAACUCAGCUGUCAACGAUUGCUGACAGCAUCGAUCAUGUUUUUCCAGUUAAAGGAGGCUUUUAUGCCCUAAGAGGAACCAUUGAUUCAAUUCUGAAGAAGUCUUGCAUUGAGAUCCUGGCAGCUGAACCAUCCAGUGUUUGUGCAGGAGAAUCCUUUCAAGUUGUGGUAAGAGGCAACGGCUUUUAUCAUGCAAGAAAUAUCGACCAGGUGCUCUGCAGCUUCAAGCUCAAUGACAGCCUUACUAUCAAUGAAAAGCCAACUUUUGUUCAUGAUACAUACUUACUUUGCCCUGCCCCAGUGAUAGAAGAUGCUGGACAGGUGGUUUUCCUACAAGUCAGCAUGAACAACGGGCUAACGUUCAUCUCCAGCUCUGUCAGCAUCACCAGCACACAUUGUGUAAGUAAUUCCAAUGGGUUUGUAUCAUUGUUAUUACUUUUCCUUUUGGUAGCCUUAGGAGUACUGAGAUGGAUGAACCCUACCAUUGUCUCAGAUUUCUCCUUUAUUUGUUUAUUGCAGGUGAUCAAGGAGCCACCUCCACCACCGCCUCCAGAGCCUGACUCGGAUGAUGAAGAUGGAUUGCCAAAGAAGAAGUGGCCAACCGUGGAUGCAUCUUAUUACGGAGGUCGAGGUGUUGGUGGGAUUAAGAGGAUGGAGGUGCGAUGGGGAGACAAAGGAUCAACAGAGGAAGGAGCAAAAUUGGAGAAACCCAAAAAUGCUAUUAUUAAGUUGCCAGAACAGGAGUAUGAGCCAUGGGAACCCAAGCCAAAGAAGCCCCAUGUGAGAAAACCACCUUCCCAGCGAAAAUGGUACACUCCAAUCAAGGGUAAACUUGAUGCACUGUGGGCUUUGGUUCGACGAGGCUAUGACCAAGUCUCUCUUAUGAGGCCUCAGCCAGGGGAUAAGGGAAGAUGCAUAAACUUCACCCGUGUGAAGUCAGAUGGGACCUCUGCCCCUUACAGCCCACCACCGAAGCUGCCAUUGCGCGACAACGCUCCCCUCAACAAUGCUCCAAGGAAUCCUUCCUCUCCUGUGUCUCUGCAACCUCCUUCCAGGCAGCCACCUCCUGGACCACCUCCAUCCCGAGCCCCUCCUGGACCUCCUCCUUCACGCCCACCCCCACAGCCCAUGGCUUAGAGUGCAGCAAAACCUGAUCGACACAUGUCUCUUUGCUGAACACAGCAUAUUUAUUGAGUAUUGGUUUACAGUCAAAGAUAUCUGAAUUUGUUGCUGGUCAGCAAAAAGAAAAAAAAAAAAAGGAAAAAAAAUAUUGCCAAGUGUCAAUUUUAGUGUAUGAAUAUAUUUAUACCACACGUGCUGAGUAAACAUUCAGUGGAAAGAUUCAGAGCUAUGGGGUAUAGAAACAAACCAAAAUUAUCAUCUAGAUACAGUAGCAGCUUUUGUGUGUAUACUUCUGGAGAUCUAUUUAGAUAGGACAGUUGUCUGACUUGGUGUGUCAGAUCAUUCAUUAAUAACUGUAGCCGGUACUCGUGCAUCAGUGGCUUUGAUAGCUGCCGCCUACAAGUUGGUUCAACAUAGUUCUUUGAGGAAUUUGCUUUUUUUUUUCCCAACAGUACUGCAUCCAGAUGUUAAUAUGGAUCAACAAUUGCAAAGAUAACUUUCUGCCUUUGGUUCUGCAAGUGGAAUUUCCAUGGAAGUUUUAAGAGGCCUAUAACAGUAAUGAGGUAACAUAAGACUAUGUGCCAAUAAUCUAUCAUAGAAGGGGGAUAUUUUUUCCCCCUGGAAAACCAGUUUUGAGCCUGCCAUCUCUGCAUAUGUUUAGACAUGGUUGCAUAGGAUAACCACUGAAGGUGAGAUACUCUGUCUAAAAAUCCAGAUUUUGUACAAGACUUGAGUCCAUAUUUGUCCCAAGUUCAGAGGAAUUUUGUGGAAAAAUUUUGGUUUGGUGUUUAGUUUUUUAUUUACAGAAAGAAUAGCCCAAAAGGAAGCAAACAUACAUGGAAUUUGAAUGUAGAUGCUGUAGUAAGCAAACAGAAUGUGUUAUUUAUAUCAGCAGCAUUGAGGGACUGAUUCUAUUGCUAUUUGAUUGGAUAAAUUUCCUUUUGAUGUUACUGCCAAGAAGAAUUCGAUCCUUUUGUGAUUAAAACAUAAAUUCCUCUUUGAGCAGCUCUUUCUUUAGACAGUUCAGAUCCCACUAAUAUGUAACCCUGCAGUCCACCUGUGGCUGAGAGGCAUGGUGUGAAGAGUGAGUAUGAGCUUCUAUCCCUGUUUGACAUGCUUGGCUGCUCUCCCAUGCCCUCGAUUCUGGGUGUCAUCAGAAGCCGAUGUGAGCGCCCACACAGAGGUGGAAAUUUAUGACGCGGGACUGGGCCAGCCCAUUAUUAGUGUUCACUGAGCAAUACCUGAGUGGGUUGUGCCCAGAGCAUUCCCUAGUGAAUCAAAAUAACACCUGAGCUUGCUUUUUCUCCACCACUGCCUAUUGUAUUGGAGAGGGAACCUAUGCCAGUCUGCUUUGGCACUGGCUGUGUUUUUAGGAUAGUUGUAGAAAUAAUGAUACGUUGCAUUAUGACACAGCAUAUACCUAUUUCUCCAUCUGUGUGUGGGUGUGUAACACAUCACAGUAGUUAUUGGCACAUAAGUCUAAGAUAAAACACUAACUGUAUUGUGCAGUUGCUUCAGAUUUAAGACCUUUUCAUGCAGUUGUUGCAGGCAUAUAAAGUUGUACUGGUACCAACAGAAAUCAAGCUUAAUGUUUCCAGUGGGAGGCCCACUUGCAGAACAGCACCAAGCUCUCAUCAGUCUAUGCUGAUCACUGUGACAUGCCGUGUGUAUACAGCUGAGGCUGUCAAACAUGACUCAGAAGAACCACAGAGCCUCUUUCUCCUCUUGCGCUGCUCUGCUCUCUUGAGCUUAGCUCUUACCUCAUGUACAUUGGUGCAGGUAGUGGAAUCAUGGUUGUGAGUGCCAGCUGGCCUUGGAGCUGUUCCUAAUUUAGGCCAGAGCCAGCAAAGCACUUCUGCAUGUGUUAAAAUGUCCUGCAGGUCAAGAGAAACUUCCUUAUGCCCAAGUGCUUUGCAGACCUGUGACUUCAUUGUGAUCAGAAAGGAGAAUUGGGAUGCACUCAACCCUAUCCUCAUUCUUUUUAGACACUUGAAUAGGGUCUGCAUAAUUUGGUUCAUGAGAAUGGAUUUCUGUUUGGAGGGGAAAGAAGAGUAUGUGUGUGUGUGUGUGCCUGUGCUUGUGUCUGGGAACUGCAGGGUUUUGUUUGGUUUCUCUUGCUUUACAAAAAUUGCUUGAGAGUUGCACUCCUGUGAAUAGAAAGGCCUUUUGCAGCCAGUGUGACACAGAGCCAUUGCCUAUCUCUGUUUCUUUUCAGCUGAAAGGUGACACUAAAACAAGUCCUACUUUCCACUGCAGUUCUGGUGAAACUGUUUUUACCCCAAUGAAAGGAACUGGAUGACUGCAGUGAGAGGGCAGGAGGAAGGGCGGGGGAAGAUGCUUUACAAGCAGAGAUCAUUGAUGGGCUGGUAAUAUGGAAACCCUGAAAUAAUCUUGCUGGGUCUAAGACCAUUUGUAGUGUGUAUGUACAGUAAAUCUAACAGCUUCUCACGUUGGUUGUGUGAGGAUAAUUAGCCAGCAAAUGCUAACUAAAAAUUGAAAUGGCAGAGAACAAUAAAACUUUUACCCAUGCCAGGACAAAACAGGGCAUUAGAGCUUUAACUUCUUGUGGGGCUGCAACAGACCACUGCUCUGUAGAUGCUGUCUCUUAUCAGCAGGCAGCAGUGAGAUUGAAGCAGUGACUUCUUGGGUCAAGAGUUAACCUGAGCUAAUGAAAAAGCCUGGGAGCCAGAUUUUGUCUUGUCUUGCACCUGUAGAGGUCUUGGGAGAGGUGAGUAGAGGUGGCGAUUUGCCCUCACGUUCAUGUUGGUGGAAUUUGACUCCCUACCAGUGACAGCAGAGGUGUUGGCUUAGGCAGGGCUUGUCACAGUCAUGCAUCCAACAUGCCUGUUGUUUGCAGUUGAGGAGAAUAUUGGUCUUUGCUGGAAUAGUCAGUCUUGCAAAGAUAACACAUACUAACAGUUCUGUACAACUUGCAAGUGGAGCAGGAAUAGGAACAUCUUAGGCUUUACCAAAUCCCAGGUGAAUGGAUUCAUGUAUGAUAAAGCAGGGACCACCAUGGAUUUGAGAAUUAGAUUUGGCAUAAGUGGAGUUUCCUGCUUUCUCACUCUAAAAAAAUUAGGCAUUUGGUGUGUAACUCAAGUUUUGGCUGCAGCCUCUGUGACAGGAGCACUGCAGGUUUAAUUUGCUGGUAAAGCAGGAAGGGAAAGUGAACUUUUUUGCCUUAAACUGAAUUUUCUUUGCAAAGGUGGGAGCAGUGAAUAUGCUGCACUGGCUACAGAAAGGCCUUUUGGUUGUAUAGAAAUGUACCCAUUUGCAGUGAUUUAAGGCACUGUAGCAGCACAGUAGGAGAAAGUAGUUGUUAUUUUAUCGUCUGUUGAGCUUGAUCCUUACCUGGUAUAAAUCAAAACAGACCAACUGAAAUCAAGGCAGUAAUAAUUGGUGUCCAUCAGCUGAGAAAUGUCUGAAAAUAAAGGGACAAAAUCCCUCUAACAGGCCUGUUGUUUCAGUGUUUGCUUUGGCAUUCUUGUAUAUGCCAAUUGUGAUUACAGUAAUUACACUGCUAAGAAAUGUUCUCAUGUGGGAAUGAUUCCCAUGUAUUUUCCAGUGUAUAGCACCAUUUGACACUUGCAAGAAGUGAAUAUCUAAUGCUUCCCCAAAUCCUAGAGGAGUAUGUGGAUUCAGGAGACUUUGGUCUCACACUUAGUACAGAUGUGAAAUGACACAAGGUGCAGAGCAGCGAGGAGGGAAAUUCAGUGUGUUUAAACCUGAUGCAGAGCCACAUUGAUCAAAGCAUAUUUAUGGCCAUUUUUCAAGUUCAGUGCAUGUGUUGCCAUCUGUGGGAGUAGCCUACAGAGCAGACGGUCCUAAAUAGAAAAAAGGGAAAAAAAAAAAAAAAGGAAAAGAAUCGGCUUCUCAUGUGAAAGAGCAAGCAUAACAAUGAAUGACAUUAUUUUGUGAACUGUACCAGUUCAAAUGCAUGUGCACCUGGUGCUCCUAAUGCUUUUUGGUCCUGUUGGUCUUCAGACAACAUGAUCAGUAAUAUGCUUUCUCUCUUUAAUCAUUUGCUGUUUUUAUUGUUUUUACUUUGGGUUUUUUGUGGUUUGUUUGGGUUUUUUUAAGAAACAUUUCACUGAGAAAACAGCCCUACUUCUGUAAAUAUAGAGUUUAAUUUGGAGGAGACAGCACACUUCUGGAUGUUACUGCUGGACAGUUAUUUAUUAACAGGGGCUCAAGGUGAAUAAAUAGAGGUGGCUCAGGAUACAUGCAUGCAAGUGUGAUAAUGCAGUAUAGCAUUUUCAGUUCUCUGUAGUUUUGGGGCAAGGGGAAUUUUUGGGUCAUCCUAGUUUUUUAGAAGUUUGUUACAGAUAUACCUUUGAAUAAUGCAAUAGAGAUUCCUAGCAUAUAACAGUGCUUGAACAAAUGUGUAGAUUACGAUAGAUUUUUUUUAUUUGGGAGAUGAGGAGAAGGGUUGUGAGGGAGAAAUGUUUUAGGAAAUGUUUUAGUUUUUAUGGGGGCAAAAUGUAGUGUAUUCAAUUUUUUAAAUUUUUGUUUGUUUAGAAAGAUGUAGUGUUUUCAGAAACAGUGGGGAUGUGGGCUGAUCCACAGCUGGGGCAUGGAGAUGUGGAACAGAGGAAGCAAUAAGAUUUUUGAGGGAUAGAGAAGCUUUACAUGGGGGUGUGGGUUUGUUACUGGUACAUGUGGUACAAAUUUCUGUAACUGACAUGCUGCUUCCAUGUUAUAAUCAUGUAACUUCAUGCAUUUUAGGCACAUGCUCCAUUUUUUCUGAGAAAACCUUGCAAAUGUAAUGCCUGCAUGCAAAUGUGGGAGAUGUAGCCAAAAUCUUGUAAUCCAACAUAAUGUAGUCUUAAUGGCUUCAGAAUCAACAAUAAAAGUGCUUACUGGUUAAACACUA